GUAUGCAAAAUUGACAUGAAGUUCAUGAAAUGCAGUCGGUGAAAUUACCAAGAUGUACUUCAUUCUGCAAGCAACCGUUCUUUUGGCACACAGCAUGAAUGUGCUCCCUUGUGCAAAUGAGCUGAGCAUAAACGCCACUCUUGGGGAAGAUGUUCUCCUGAACCCAAACUGCACAGAUUGUGACGCAUUGUCAAUUGAGUGGAAAUUUUCUUCAAACCUGAUGACCAGCUGCAUUUCCUCUUAUAUUAUGAGCAAGGAGACAAUUUCUAAAAUCGUGUUUGGUGCAUUUGAAGGUCGAGUGAGCAUUCUAAGGAAUGGCUUGCAUUUAUGGCUACCAUCUGUCCAUAUCAAUGACACAGGAAAAUACACCCGGAUCCUCACAACACUGAAUGGAAUGGAACAAUGCGUUAGCAUUACAGUUAAUGUGAAGGAAGAUUACAGAAAAGCAGAGACGUUUGAGAUAAAUCAGACAAAAGACAAUGGCUUGAAAACAACAAUAUCCCUAUCAGUGUCAAUCGUUGGAGUCAUUUUGGGAGUGAUCAUUAUACUUCUUUGGAUUAAAAGGAAAUCAGCUUGGAGAGCAACAUCAAGAGUUAAUAGAUUUUCACUACCAACUAAGUCUACAGAAUAUCCAAUUUACGGCAAUUGGAAUGGGUCAAGAUAUACCUGAAAGGAAGAACCAAGGGAAUCCUUAUGCCGAGAUGCCCCUUAUCAGAAUUCUCAAAUAACAAGAGCGUACAUGAACAGAAGAUGCUGAAAACUGAACUUGCCGUUUAGUGAAAUGCCCGGCACUGUCUGCCUCGGCAAUUGUGUUUGUAAACUCCCUGAACUGGAAGUUACCUCAGAUCUCAUCAUCAAUCACAGAACUCCUGCAAACUACGAAAACUCUGAUAUCAUUCUUUAAAAGAAUUUCUUUCAAAAUGCCGUUUGAAUUUUCAGAAGUCUUCCAUUUCAACCACAAUGACGGACCGAUUCAAACUAUUUCACGUAAAAAAGAUACGUGCAGGGAAUAUGUGCGCCACUCUAUCGUGGUAUAGCUGGUCACCAUUCCGUAGUAAGCGUUUCACGUUUAUGGUUGCUUUAUUUCCAAUUUCCUUGCUGCUUUGUGAUAAUACUUGGCCUGCAGUUGCUUUCUGGAACUCUGUGCAACGAUUAGAUAUCUGGGGAAGGAGAAUAAUGUUGCAGUGCCACAGCGCCAGACACCCAGGAUUGAUCCUGACUAUGGGCUGUCGUCCGUAGUCAGGAUGAAUGUACGCAGUUAAUAUAUUCUCCCUGGGACUACACGGGUUUUCUCCCACACCUCAAAAAUGUACAGGUUUGUAGGUUAAUUGGCUUUGGUAAAAUUGUAACUGGUGCUAAUGUACAGGGUGGUCGCUCGUAGGUGUGGACAUGGUGGGCUGAAGGGCCUGUUUCCGCUCUGUAUCCUUAAAGUCUAAAAUCUAAACAAGCCUUUUUGCAAAUUAUUGCCCACACAUAUCUCACCUCCCACCCCCAAUGUUAUUUGAACCCCUUUUUCAAAAAACUUAGUUGAUUAAAAGGAACAGCAUAGAAACAGGCCUCUCGGCCCAUCAAGGCAACACUGUCCAUUGAUCACCCGGUCACUCUGGUUCUAUUUUAUCACACUUUUAUGUCCACUCCCUACACCUGUGGGCAAUUUUACAGAGGCCAAUUAACUUACAAACCCGCACAUCUUUGGGAUAUGGGAGGAAACCCUGCAGAGGAAAUACACGUAGUCACAGGGAGAACGUGCAAACUCCACACAGACAGUUCCCGAGGUCAGGAUCGCACAGGGUCUCUGGCGCUGUGAGGCAGCAGUUCUACCAGCUGCACCACCGUGCUGCCGAAUUGACUGCUGUUAUCACACAGUAAGUUUCACAUCGUAACUAACCACACGUAAUUCUUUGCCUUUUGCUCACCACCAGCUUAUCACACGCAGUUGGGGAUAAUGUGAUGACAACAUAUCGAGAAAAUAAAAAUAUAUUAAAACA